GCCCCUUUUCAGCUUAACUCUCCCUCCUUGCUUGAUAUCCGGCCACUUUUCGAUUAUCAAACCGUCGUCUGGAUUCAGCAGAGCUGAAACCAAGUAGUCCAGCCUCUCCAAGUUCUCCCAGGAGGUGCGCCGGACGACUCAACCUUAUAACCCCCUCCGACUCCCCCUCACCGCGAGUACCCCCUCCAUCAUGUCGAACCUCUUCUCAGGAAUCAACGCCCGCUUCCGGGGACAAGCUGCCAAACCGCCUGGCUCGAACAAGUCCCCGACGUCUUCUACCGCCGGUCAGCAACCUACGUCACCGACCGUUUCCCACGGAAGCCAAUCGUCCACCAACCUCGCUCCCAAAGUCCCGCCUCUGCCCAACUCCCCUUCUCUCGCCCACUCUAUUGGCAUGGACGACCAGGGUAGCUUGACCGACGGAGACAGCAUCCUCAACUCCUACCAUCUCCCUCGGCCCAUGCCUAUCUGGCUCAACUCCAACUAUGGCAAGCAUAUCGUCAAGGGCAACUUCAUGACCCUCAGCGCGAGACCCAAGACGGUCGAGCAGGGCGAGUGGAUCGCUCACCAGGUCGUCGAGCACUACAGAAACCUCUGGAAUUUUGUUCGUGUUCUCCACGAGAAGGAGGAGGAUGGCUCGACUAUCUGCAAUGCCACCACCUGUCCCAGAAUGUCCGCUGGAGCGAACCACUCAUUCACCUGGCUCAACAGUCGUCGGGAACCGGUCGAGCUUCCUGCCUUCGAAUACAUGACUCUUAUGCAGAGAUGGAUCUCGGGCAAGAUUGACGACACCAAUAUCUUUCCGACCGACCCUUCGGGCGUCUCGUAUGCGCAUAACCCGGCCAUCACCACGACGCCUCUCUCGCAACUCACAAACCCCGGCGAGCCCGACUGGAUCGGCAAGCGGUCCGGCUUUCCCCAGAACUUUAUCGACGUCUGCCAGACCAUCUUCCGCCAGAUGUUCCGCGUCUACUCCCACCUCUACUGGGCCCAUUUUGUCGAGCCCUUCUACCACCUUAACCUGGAGAAGUCUCUCAACAGUUGCUUCAGUCACUUCAUCCUGACUGCCACGGCUCUCGACAUGCUCAAGCCCCACGAGCUUGAGCCCAUGCAGCCUUUAAUCGACCUCUGGGCUGCCAACGGCACCUUCCCUCCCGAGUCAAAGGCCUACGAGUACGCCAACCUACGAGCUGGCGAGCGCCUGAUGCACCUGGCUGGCGUUUCCUAAGUGUAUGCGCAAAACAUCGCGGUACGGCUAGGAGGAUUCAAAGUGGAGUAUUACGUUGCAACACGGAUUCUGGUGUACUGUGUCCUUGGGACUUGGGGGUAUAUUUUUGAACACUAGACUCGUUCGACCAUGUCCCUUUUUUCUUCAUGGACGCUGGAACACUCAAGACUGGAAAUAAGUACAAGAGGUUGGGAACCAAUACGACAAUGACCCUCCAAAAGAAAAAGAAAAAAAGCUUUUACACACCACGCACGCAUUGCAUUCGCAGCAGCCGAGAAGAGAAUGUGCUGCAUGUUGGAGUUUCGGGUUUGCUACGACAGCCAGGCAGGCAAAGUCUCGGAGUCUCGUUCGCAAACAGGGAUGAACAUCUCCUCGCAUGGAAUGGUUUUGGGGGAGUACGGGGAGGGAGAGAGAAAGCUGAUGGUAGACGAAACAUUCCAUAGGCAAUCCACAGUUGACAGUCGACAGUGCCUUUCUCGACCCUAGGGGACGGAUGAUGUUCUAGGCGGCUACCACGAUGAUACAACAGUCAAUCACGACUGUCUUGGUUUUCUCGACAAUGAACCAUCCAAACGCAGCAUACUCUUAUUUGAAAUGUCUUUCAGCGCCUCGUGCCCGGUCUCGAGCCUUGCAUGAGUAACUGCAUUCUCAUCAGCAUCUGCGCGCGCAUCCAUCGAACCCCCCAUCCAUCGAACCCACCCCUCGCGACAGGUUGGUGGCUAGCAAGGUGGGGGUUAAGACUCACAGCCACUACCAAACUCCGUCGCUUUUGGCCUCAGGAAGCAAGCCCCUUGAAGACCGCGUCUCUGGACCCGGACAAGUCGAUGGCCAGCAUAUAAUCCAAUCGGAUACCCGGGCCCGUGACUAUUUCCUUGAGGACGCUCGACACCUUGAGCCGGGCGUAGUGCCCGUUCGGGUCGGCGCGGAGGUAAUUCACGUCGUGGACGGAGACGACGUCGACCUGGAGCGGAUAUUCGGGCUCCGAGCGGACGAGGCCCGAGGUUGGAGGACGGCCAUGGACCCGGAAGCUAUUGGCGGCUGCAGUACCGAUUCGGGUCAGAGAGUCGACGUGGACCUGGUGCCUGGUACGGGUGUUCAGGAUCGAGAAUCAGCGUUUCUCGGCGUACGAUUUUCUCGUUUUACGGGUAUCCCGACCUUGGGAGGGGAAACUUUAGAGGUCGGGUACAUAAACCGGGGGCAAGAGACACACUUGAACCAUGAGGGCGGGGAUGAGCGUGCGAAAGCUGGACAUUUAGAGCCGACUUUCUUGAGGUUGUCAAUAAUGCUAAUAUGACACAACGUGGUAAUUCCUUUGUCAUGAGAAUUGUCGAUACUGACCAAGACGGGAGCUUAGGGUGACAGGGAAUAAGCCUGAGGCUAUCAAGAAAGCCUUUCACCCUCACAGGUGCGUAUAUAGGGAGCGAUGUCGAAAAUGAGCCCCCCCUUCCCCCUCGUACAGAGUGCAGGAGAACAAUUUAAUUUCGAUAGCUCGAGCAAGCACAUGGAAAAUCUCAAAGCUUAGCCGGUGGACGCUGUGUUAUGCUACAAAUGCGGUAUACAUAUACUUAUUUCUGCAUUUCUCACGCACAUCGGACCUGGCGACAUAUCCCUUGUGGGUUCCCCGGCUUGGACACGCACUCUUUUGCGACGCUGGUUUCCACAAUCCCUAGGUGAAGACAGUCCCGGACGGUUUUUUUUUAUGGCGCCACCCAGUGUUGCUAGAACGGUGGUUCGACUCUCGUCUCCUAAGAACGGUCCAAAGGAAAUAACUCACGAGGUUGGCGACUUUUGGCUUGUGUCCCAAGAGCGAGUCGGCUAGAGACCUUCGACGUCAGGGCGUGAAGUCUUGAUCAAUGCUACCUGGGUCUUGCAAUUGUCUUGUCGUCCUUCGUUAGCGUUGCGGUAUGGAGCGGCAUUGAUGCUAGACAAAGGGGGGUUCAACUCGGACAACUCAUAUUGUGGUUGGUUCUGAUUCCGGUUUCCAGCACAGCGACCCGUAUAUUGUUUCCGAUUCCAGGCGCUUUCAUUGUCGUCUUUUCUUAAGACAGCACCCCUCGUAAACAAUCUCGCUUCCGGCUGGGGGAUUGGCAACAAUUCGAUCGAAGGCAAGUGUUCCUAUGAAAUUAGGUCUUCGAGUACUGGGGAAAAGAGCCGUUGAACCGACUGCAACAGUGUAUCGAAUACGAUCGAGAAGAAACAAACCACGUAGAGUCAGGGAGCAAAGUUGGGAUCGUUAAAGCAUGCGGAGGGCGCCUUAAAGAUGACGAAUGGCAUCAUAGCAAAAGAGAGACAUCGUCAAAUCUUAUCAUGGACACGUUGGAUUAGGUGUCAGGGAC